AUGUUGCCUGAAGACAAAGUUUGUAAGUACUGUGGAGUCAGCUAUCUAAUUCUUCAUGAAUUUAAGGCCAUGGAAGAAAAAGUGAAAGCAAUGGAAAAAGAAAUGAAAUUUUAUCAAGGAAGUGUAGAACGUGAAAAGAGACUUCAAGAAAAAAUUAAGUCUCUUAGCCAAGAUCUUGAACAGUACAAAACUGACAACAAAUCCAAAACGGAAAGAAUUUAUGAUAUAGGCAUGCAGUUAAAAAGUCAACAAAAUGAAUUUCAGAAAGUAAAGAAGCAACUGAGUCAUUUGCAAGAUGAAUUAAAAAUUAAAUAUAGACAAUCAGACAUCUUCAGUCAAAGAUUGUCAGAGUACAAAUAUUUCUGGAAUAAGACUCUUUCAUUACUUACUUUUACUAAAAGGGAGCUAAUCCAUAUUAAAAAUGAAGUGUAUGAUAAUUACCAAAACUGGACUUCACUGAAAGGAGAAAUUUUUCUGCAAAUUAAAUCUAUGAGUGAAACAGCCUUGACAGAAAUAGACAUACUGAAUAAAAGUUUGACCGUAUCCCAGAGAAAUAAUGUAUGCCUUGAAAAGGAAAUGAAAAAUCUGAAAUUGUUGUCAGAUGCAGCCAUAUUGAGGUCUCAGCAGAUUCAGACAUCUAGACAACAGGAAGUAAACUUGCAAACCAGAUGCUGUGAUUUGCAGAAAGAAGUACUAGAUUUACAAUGUCUAGUAGAGGCACUUGGGUUAAAACUUCAGAAGGCGGUGACAGAGAUGGACAACUAUAAAGAAAUGCUUAUGAAUAAAUCUAAUGAAGCUGAUGACUGUCAAAGAGAACUGAGAAAACUGAAGUUCGAAUCCAUUAUUUCUGAGUCACAGCAUACGAUGCUGCUUAAGGAAAAAGAAGACUCUUUAAUGACUUGUCAACAAAUAUAUAAAACAUUACAGGAAGAACUGACUGCAAAAGAAAAGCAAGAAGAAGACAUAAAGAGAAGAAUUAACCUUGCAGAAAAUGAACUGGAGAUAACCAAAACUCUUCUGAAUCAGACAAGGGAAGAGGUUUUAACACUGAAAAAUGAAAGGGAAUUGAUGCUGAUUUCACAUCAGAAAAGCAUUGAGCAGCUGCAGGAAACCCUUAGACAGAAGCUGCUGAGUGAUGAUAACUGGAAGGAGAAGAUUGAAGCAGAACUUGCCAAGGAAAGGGCCCAACACUUGGUUGAAUUUGAAGAGCAAGCUCUUCUCUUUAAGGAAGAAGCAAAACUGAAACUUGAUAUUGAAAAAGAAAAACAUCAAGAUAUAAUCCAAAAGUAUAAGAAAGAACAAGAGGAAUUACAAAUGAAGAUAUCUGACUUAAUCACAGGCGCUACAAGAGAUCUAAGGCAGGAAGUGACCACUCUUCAAGAAAAACUUCAUGAGUCCCACAUUCAGUACACUGAAGAAUCUGAGUCAAAGGAAAAAGAAAUUGAAAACCUGAAAAAUUUGGUUGCAGAAUUUGAAUCUCGCUUGAAGAAGGAAAUUGACAGUAAUGAUUCAGUUUCAGAAGACUUGAGGAAGGAAAUGAAACAGAAGUCAGAUGAACUGGAAAGAGUAAUGCUGGCUCAAACACAACUGAUAGAGCAAUUUAACCAGUCCCAGGAAGAGAAUACUUUUCUUCAGGAGACAGUGCGUAGAGAAUGUGAAGAACGCUUUGAACUGACAGAGGCUUUGAGUCAAGCCAGAGAACAGCUCCUGGAGCUCAGAAAGCUUUGUGGAAGGUUAUCAUUCUCACCGUGUUCCCUCAGCAAGGGCAGCCUAACCUCCCCUGCUGCAGCGGUCAGUAAUCAUGGAGAAGGAAGCCUUGCAAGACUGAACUCUGAAAAAGGAAUCAAAAUUCCCAGCCUUCACGGAGUAUCAAAACCCACCUCUUUCCCAACCUCAGAUAAGCCCAAGAGGGUUAGCAGCUCAGGGUUGCCCCUUCUUGCCCAGGCACAUCCUCCCAGGGGUGGAGCAUCUUCAACAAAUGAGACCAGACAGAGACAGAGACUGGCUGCCAUUCUUAGGAGGAGGCAGAGUCAGCAAUGAUCCAAAGUGAGGGGCAGCUCCCCACAGCGUGCAUGCUCUUUCAGAGUGCCAGGAACUCACUGUAACUGAGAAUGAGAAAUAUAAGAUUAUUUUCACAGAUCAGGAAGGCAUAUCUGUAGAUACAUUUAACAAAAGACUGUAAAAAGCUGGAAAAUUGUGAAGCCGUAUUUUUCAAGAGGGCUUUGAUAGAGUAACAGAUCAUUUAGUUGUUGGUAUUCCAGAGGUCCGAUUUCUAUAUUUAUGUUGCAAUGUGCUCUAUAAAUACAGCCUUUUAGAGAUCACAGAUAAAAUUUUUUCACCCAUAACAUCUUUUUUAUUUUUUUGCACCACUACAAGCAGAUAUAUUUGCACAAAAAAUAGAUUAUUUGAGUUUUUUGGUAUGUGUUUGUUUGUUGAGCUGAAUUGAUUAAAUAGUUGUAAUAAGUAUUCCAAACAGAAAAAAAGUACUUUAUCUAAUUAAGAUUAUAAUUUCCAAAAUGCCUAGUUCAAGUAGUCACAGAGGUCAUCAUCAUAAUCAAAAGCUUCUUUUCCUCACCUUACAAUCUAAUUGUUUUCUCUUUAGGCUAGUUCAGAGUUAAUUAUAGGUAACCUUUAGGAAGACAGUCUUCUCUUAGUGGCUGGGGAACUUCUAGAAAAAGAGAUGGUAAUGUCAAUUCAAGGAAAUUGUAGUAUAUUUCUCAAAUUAUAUAGAUUAUUUUAGUAAACAA